CCGACACACGCCGAGGGCUGACCGAGCCAGUGAUCCGCCACCCGGCGCCAUGGCUGCCAUAUUGGAAGGGAAGUAAGUUAAUUCCCCAGGAUCUUCUAAACAGAGCGGACUAGUUGUACGGACGAACCCUACGAUAAUCGUUUUAUGAUCUGCUGGAUAAAGGGGGGCGCACUGUAGUGCUUCCGACAGACCGCUGCCUCUGUCAGAAGUUUACUUCUCGAGAACUGCAAGUUUUCCAUCCCGCGACCGUGGAAGAUGGCCGACCCGGCGGAGUGCACAAUUAAAGUGAUGUGCCGUUUCAGGCCCUUGAAUAGUUCGGAGGUGUCAAGAGGUGACAAGUAUGUCGCCAAAUUCCAAGACGAAGAUACAGUUGUCCUUGCGGGUAAGCCCUACAUGUUUGACCGUGUCCUCCAGUCCAGCACCACGCAAGAGCAGGUCUACAACGCCUGUGCCCAGAAGAUAGUCAAGGAUGUCCUGGACGGAUACAAUGGAACCAUUUUUGCCUAUGGACAGACAUCCUCUGGGAAGACCCACACUAUGGAGGGAAACCUGCAUGACACAGACGGCAUGGGAAUCAUCCCGAGGAUUGUGCAGGACAUCUUCAACUACAUCUACUCUAUGGACGAGAACCUGGAGUUUCAUAUCAAAGUGUCCUACUUUGAGAUCUACCUGGAUAAGAUCAAGGACCUGCUGGAUGUGUCGAAGACCAACCUGUCCGUGCACGAAGACAAAAACAGGGUCCCCUACGUCAAGGGCUGCACGGAGCGUUUCGUCAGCAGUCCUGAGGAAGUGAUGGACACCAUUGAUGAGGGCAAAUCCAACAGACAUGUAGCAGUUACAAACAUGAAUGAGCACAGCUCCAGGAGUCACAGUCUCUUCGUGAUCAACGUGAAGCAGGAGAACACACAGACUGACUCAAAGCUCAGUGGAAAACUCUUCCUGGUGGAUCUGGCUGGCAGCGAGAAGGUCGGUAAAACAGGAGCUGAGGGAACAGUUCUGGAUGAAGCCAAGAACAUCAAUAAGUCUUUAUCAUCGCUAGGCAACGUCAUCUCCGCACUGGCUGAGGGCUCGACCUAUGUCCCAUACAGAGACAGUAAGAUGACUCGGAUCCUUCAGGACUCUCUGGGUGGAAACUGCAGGACCACCAUCGUCAUCUGCUGCUCCCCUUCAUCAUACAACGAGCCCGAGACCAAGACCACACUCAUGUUUGGACAGAGAGCGAAGACCAUUAAGAACACUGUGUGUGUGAAUGUGGAGCUGACAGCAGAGCAGUGGAAGAAGAAAUACGAAAGAGAGAAGGAGAGGAACAAGACACUCCGAGGAACUAUCACCUGGCUGGAGAACGAGCUGAACCGCUGGAGAAACGGUACACACACACACACACACACACACACACACCAGCGGCGGCUGGUGAUUUAUUUUUGGGGGGAGGCGCAGUUGGGCGGUGCGGUUUAA